GUUCUUCUCGGACGUUGACGCUACGCUAGAGCGGGCCGUGGCGGUUAGUCAGUCGGCUGGAGUCGGUGCUGGGUGGCCGUCCCUUGCUACUGAAUUCCCGUUGGAUGUCGUGGACGUCAUCUGGGCGACAACUUGCUAUUCCUGCCGUUCCUUCCUGUUCAUCGAUCGGCCAAGAUGGCUUGCGCUGGAUUCACCUGCUCCAAACACUCCUUGUGUGCGCUCAACAUCCUUUACAUUAUGGUGAGUCUGCUGAUGAUCGGGAUAGCAGCAUGGGGCAAGUGGUUUGGCCUGGUCUCCAGUUUCCAAGUGGUAGGCGGCGUCGUGGGAGUGGGCGUCUUCCUCUUCUUUGUGGCUCUGGCCGGCCUCGUUGGUGCAAUGAAGCACCACCAGGUCCUCCUGUUCUUCUACAUGAUCAUCCUCUUCAUGGUGUUCAUCGUGCAGUUCUCCGUCUCCAGUGCCUGUCUGGCCAUCAACAAGGAGCAACAGGACCAUCUGCUGGAGGUUGGCUGGAAUAACUCCCGCAGCACCCAGAAAGACGUUGAGAAGAGCCUGAACUGCUGUGGCUUCAGGCAGGUGGACCUGAACGCCACAUGUGAUGCCGCCUGCUUUCCCAAUCACUCGUGUUUGCCAUGCGCUGAUAAGAUCCAGGAACACGCUGAUGAAGUGUUGCGUUUUGUUGGAGGCACGGGACUCUUUUUCAGCUUCACUGAGAUUUUGGGCGUGUGGCUGACAUAUCGCUACAGGAAUCAGAAGGACCCCCGAGCCAACCCCAGUGCUUUCCUGUGAAAGGCCCCCAGUCCCAUCACCUCUCCGAACGUGUAAAUAACAACGUAACGCUCAUUUAUGUGAUCUUGGCAUCCCGACACUGGAUUAGUUCUCCACACCUGAAAGUGCAGUGAGGAACUGGAAAUAUAUAGUGUGCAUACAGUAUGUUUUUGUGUGUUUGUGAGAAAAGUGUGUGCUUCUGGCUGUGUCCUGUUUGUAUUUGGGCUUUGCAUGACUUGUAAAUAGAGACAACCGUGUCAGAACUGCGCUGGCCAUUUUGCAAAUCAUCUAUCUGCGACUUUGUACUGUCAAAACACAAUAAAAAACACAAAAGGAAGCAACA